CAGGUGCCAGUCCUCGGGCUGCCGGGAGGAACGUGUGCCAGGCUUUCCUCCGUCCCGCGGGGCCUUCCCUCACCUCCUGGAGGUGAGGAGCCGAGAAGCUCGGCAUUGGGAGUAGGAAAAUGCAGUUCGGCGAAGAUACAGGGUCUCAUCCUCCAGGCUGCCCGCGGAUAUGCCACCCAGAAACCAGGGUUGAUGAUGUUGUGAAAAGACUCUUAUCUUUGGAAAUGGCCAACCAGAAGGAGAAGCUAAAAAUCAAGAAAGCUCUGUUGAUGAACAAAGUGGCGGAAAAUCCUGAGGACACCAGAUCCCUGGAGGCUCGAAUUGUUGCCUUGACUGUCAAGAUCCACAGUUAUGAAGACCACAUGCAGAAACAUCGGAAGGACAAAGCCCACAAGCGCUAUCUGCAGAUGAGCAUUGACCAGAGGAAAAAGAUGCUCAAAAACCUCAGAAACACCAACUAUGCUGUCUUUGAGAAGACAUGCAGGGAGCUGGGCCUUGAGUACACCCCUCCCCCUCUGCACCACCGAAGGGCUCACCGCCGCUUGGCGGCCAAGAAGGCUCUGUGCAUUCGGGUUUUCCAGGAAGUUCAGAAGCUAAAGAAGCAAAAAAGGGCCUUAAAAGCUGCAGCUGCAGCAGCCCGGGAACAAGGCCAGAAGAGCCCAAAGAGCCCUUUCAAAGCCAGACCAGAGGCAACCAAAGAAAACCAAUAAAGGUUGUUAAAGUUAA